AUGAUUGACCUCUCACACAACAGCCUUACCCGAGAUAUCCCUGUGGAGAUCUCAAGCUUCCAUUCACUGACAUUCUACCUCAAUAUUUCACACAAUUCACUUACAGGAAGAUUGCCUUCACUGGGAGUAAUGCAACAUAUUCAAGCCAUAGAUAUCUCUGCUAAUAAACUCUCAGAACCCAUCCCUGGAGAUAUUGGGAGUUGCGUGGAACUGCAAUAUCUGAACCUGACCAAAAACAAGUUGAAUGGAAGAGUGCCAACAUCGAUAGGACAGCUCAAAAGCCUUAAGGUCAUUGAUCUGUCCUUCAAUAACCUAUCAGGACCAGUGCCACUAACUAUUGCAAAUAUCACUAUGCUUCGCCUUCUGAAUUUUUCCUACAACAACUUGAAUGGAUCAGUUCCCAAUCAAGGAGCAUUCAGAAACCUUAGCGGAGCAUCAUUUCUGAGAAAUCCUGGAUUAUGUGCAGCCUCAGGCUGGUUGAAUUUACCAAAUUGCACAUCUGCCAGGACUCGUUCAAAUGGAUUUAACAGGAAGGUUGUCGUUAUUGUUUCAAUUGGCACUUUUUUGGCAUUGUGUUUCAUUUUAGGCGUAUUUUACACCUUCUUCAGGGACACGAAAAGAGCACCAUUCACAAAUAGUUUAUUGGAAACAACUUUCACGCAAAUAUCCACCCAGGAACUUCAUAGAGCAACAGACGGAUUUAGUGCUACUAAUUUGCUAGGGAUGGGUAGCUUCGGUCCGGUUGAUCGAGGACUACUAUCUGAUAACACAUUGGUAGCUGUUAAGAUAUUCGACCAGGACCCUAAAAAUCCAUACAAGAAUUUCUACAAAGACUGCAGAAUACUGAGAAUAAUCAGACACCGCAAUCUGGUCAAAGUCUUGUCCUGUUGCUCAACACUAGAAUUCAGGGCUCUGGUACUCCAGUUCAUGUCAAAGGGAAGCCUCGAACAACAGCUGCACCAAGAUUGCAGGUUGACUUCAAAGAUGUGA